GCGGGCGACUUGUGUGUCUGUCUGCCAUGUUGAGAAGUCGUUUGUGUUUGGGGCGUGCAUCUGGUCGGUGUAUUGGGCUGGUGCGGCGCGAUCUCAGUGAAUGAUGUCCCGAGUGCUUGUGUAGCGGACGAGCGCAGUGCACGAUGGUGACGGCGCCGCCGGCCGGCAACGACAACGGCAUUUCGGCAGCAGCAGCAGCGAACUCGAAGCACCUCUCGUCGGCGGCCGCAUCCCGUCGUCGUCUCCUCUGCCCAGCAACACGAAGAAUGCGCCCCGAUUUGUGUUUACAUACAUGUGUAUGGUGAUGUUACUGUCUUAGGCGAUGAAGCAUUUACGUGUUUAGGAAAUUUGCAAUUGAGCAGCAGCAGCCGCACCGCUGAAAAAUAUCGGCCGCCGACCGCACCACGCUCGCGCCUCUGACCGACCUUCUUCUUUAUUUUGUCCCCGUGCUUUUGACCCGAGAGAGCUGGUGGGCGAGUCCAUUGUCGCGCCGAGCCAGGGGGUGCGCCGCCGCCGCCUACUUGCAGCACCAGCCAUGGACGCCGUCGGACGUCCGACCUUGUGAUACACACACGCCAGGAAGAAUUGAAUUUUUUCCCCUGCUGUGAGUGCGGUUGAUUUUUUUUAGAUAGAUUUAAAAAUAAAUUAAUCGCUGAGCAAAUUAGGAAGGAAGAAAACAUUUUCGGUCUUCGGGGCUUCGGACAGGCCUGCGGCAAGAGCAUGGGCCAUGUCCAAUGGUUGUGUGCCUGCUGAUCGCCGUGCCCGUGACGCUGCCACCUCGCGAGGUGCCGCCGACCAGUGUCCAAGUGGUGGUGGUCCGAGUGCUCCUCAACUACACCCCCAUGGAGGCGUCCGCGGCCGCCGCGACCACGGCCGCCAUUCAGGCCAAACGGCCCGCCGACUGGCAUAAGCAACUUCUCAUCAUGGACAAGCAAAAAGGAAAACCCGGCGAGGUUGGCCCCGUGGGCCGCCUUCCCCAGCAGACGGCCGGCAGGGGCCACCACGCGCCCCUGUACGGCCGCCUCGUGCCCGAAGAGCAGCUCGAGCAGAUCACCUCGUCGCUGGCCGCCGCGCCCGGCAGCAUGGGCACGCCGGCCGCGGACAUCCAGGCCAUGCAGGCCAGGAUUCCGCACCACUUCCGCGACCCCGCCACCGCACCCCUCCACAAACUCAGCGUGGACCUCAUCAAGACUUACAAGCACAUCAAUGAGGUGUACUACGCAAAGAAGAAAAGACGGGCGCAGCAGACGCAGGGCGAGGACUCGUCUCACAAGAAGGAACGAAAGUUGUACAAUGAUGGCUACGACGACGACAACCACGACUACAUUAUCAAGACGGGCGAAAAGUUCCUCGACAGAUACGAGAUCGACUCGCUCAUCGGCAAGGGCUCCUUUGGUCAGGUCGUGAAGGCCUUCGACCAUGACGAGCAGUGCCACGUGGCGAUCAAAAUCAUCAAGAACAAGAAGCCCUUCUUGAAUCAAGCACAGAUAGAAGUUAAAUUGUUAGAAAUGAUGAAUGACGCUGACGCCGACAACAAAUUUUACAUAGUGAAAUUGAAGCGGCACUUCAUGUGGCGGAAUCAUUUAUGCCUAGUGUUUGAGCUCCUCUCGUACAACCUGUAUGACCUCUUGAGGAACACCAACUUCCGAGGGGUGUCGCUCAACCUGACGCGCAAGUUCGCGCAGCAGUUGUGCACGGCGCUGCUCUUCCUCUCGACCCCCAAGCUCAGCAUCAUCCAUUGCGACCUCAAGCCUGAAAACAUUCUUCUCUGUAACCCCAAGCGAUCAGCAAUCAAGAUUGUAGAUUUCGGCAGCUCGUGUCAACUUGGUCAAAGGAUAUACCAGUAUAUCCAGUCCAGGUUUUACCGAUCACCAGAAGUUCUUCUUGGUAUACCUUACGACUUAGCGAUAGAUAUGUGGAGUUUGGGUUGCAUUCUAGUAGAGAUGCAUACAGGUGAACCACUGUUUAGUGGAGCUAAUGAGGUGGACCAAAUGAAUAAAAUAGUAGAGGUGCUAGGCAUGCCACCGAGGCACAUCCUCGACCAAGCACACAAGGCGCGCAAAUACUUUGACAAGUUACCCGACGGUUCUUAUGUGCUGAAGAAGCCCAAGGACGGCAAGCGUUAUCGCGCACCAGGCUCAAGACGUCUCAGUGAUAUAGUGGGUGUAGAAACUGGAGGUCCCGGCGGCCGACGGGCCGGCGAGCCCGGACACUCAGUCAGUGAUUACCUUAAGUUUCGUGAACUCGUGCUGCGCAUGCUCGACUACGACCCCAAGACGCGGGUCACGCCGUUCUACGCGCUGCAGCACAGUUUCUUCAAACGCACAGCCGACGAGUCGACCAACACGAGUCACAGCGCCAGUCCGGCACUCGAGCCGCCCCUUCCGCAGCCCUCUUCGUCCGGAGGCCAAGCUCUGAGCCUGGUCAAUAAGAUUCAGCGGAGCGGCGCGCAGCGGCCCAACCACAACCACCACAGCAUGGGCCCAGCCAACUUCGUGGCGCACCCGGCCACCUCGAGUUUCGUGCACGACGCGACGCAGACUGCGGCGGCGGCGGUGGUCAAUGACUUCGGCGGUUGCAAGUCGCCGCUGCGGUACGCACCGUUCGGCGCCGGCGGACCGCCGGCGUCGGUGCAGGCGCCGAGUGGCGGCGCCGGCGGCGCCGCCAUGGACUACGACUCGCCGUGGCUCAACUGCUACCCGGGCGUGCAGCAGACGCAGCCGACGCACCACGUCCACCACGUGGUGUCCUCCCGCGGCGGGGGUGGCGGCGGCGGGGGGCCGGCGCGGCCGCCCCCGCAGGCCUACCUGCCCUCGUCGCUGCCCGUGGACCUCGAGUCGGCCGCGUUCCACCUCAAGGUGCACCACCCGGGCGUGCACCUGAUGCAGCCGCCGUUCGGGGCGCCGACUGACGGCGCCGCGCCGACGGUGGCGCCCGUCCGGCAGGACUCGUCCAGUGGGGACCGCGAGGACAGUCCCAUGAUGGGGGUGUGCGUGCAGCAGAGCCCAGUGGUCAGCCAUUAAUGUUGGCCCCCCUGGCUAGGUGCACCCGUCACGGACACGCAGCAUCUGUGUGUGUGUGUGGAAAUUAGUAAAAAAAAAUGUUAAUCGGAGAGAGAGAGAGAGAGAAAAAAAAAAAUAAGAGCGGACGCUCAGUGUGCCGUUCUGGAAGAUAAGCAAGCGCCCCCCGCCCACCCCUUCGACCGACAGACCUCCUCAUCCGCAAAGAAGAAGAAGAAGGAAAAUGAAUGUCCCUGAUUGACCGACCGACCUUCGACCGCCCUCGGGAAGCGUCUAAUUUUUAAUCGGAUAGGCUAAAAAUGUCUUUUUUAAGUGCUGUGAGUGACUUUUUACAUCAUACAUACAUACUGUAAAGGUGUACAUGUUAAAUUAUGAAUCAAGGGGGAUUACUGCUAUUUAUUACUACGAUUAUAUAUAUUAUAUAUACGCUACGGCAAGAAAAGAAGCAGACACACACACACUAAAAUAUAAAGCUACACAUACACACUACUUCUUAAAGUUAAAAGAGAGAGAAACACACACACAAUGGACUCACUCACUCACUCUACAGGCCUUGUUUGAACCCUGGCUUGGAGUCGCGCUAAUUUCCCUUCCUCGCCAGAUGCUGUUGUUUCGAAAUGUAUUUGAGCUGAAAAUGAUCACUGGCGAGGGAAAACAAUUGAAAACUCCAACCCUCGGUUUCCGAAGAGCCUCUCUUUACACGUGCAUUGCAAGCGAGAUAUGAUUGAUUAUUUGUCAAGCCGUAGAUCGACGAACUCCUUCCCUUCUCUCACCUUCGACAUCCGGCGGCCACCUCGGCCGUCCCUCUGAGCGGCCGCGGCUUCUGUCGUUUCGAUUUUCUUCGACCCCGCAGGCUGGCCUUUCGAGCCCGGCGCCGGGGGCGGCGGUGGCACGGCCGAACUGCAGAAAGUAUAUAAAAUUAGGAAGCCGCCUGUCGUAACAUACGUGAAACACAUACACAUGCAUACAUUAGUUUCGAGAGAGGAUGAUGGAAGGACGCAUUUCCAGAGCCACUAUAUAAACUAUCUACGAUAACCAAUCAAACGUUGUUCGUUUUUGAACCGUCGGCUUCAAGGAAAUUUGAAAACAGACAAUUAUAAACGAGAUUUAGAGACAGAGCAGAAUGAAAUUCUUGUGAUUACUGUAUAUGAGUGACGACUCUGCAUAGCGUUUUGUGUAAAUGCAGCGGACACAUGCAUAAUUUAUUUUAGACGAAUCCCCGAUGUGCAAUAAAACGUAUACUAAACCUUCUGAAGCUGAUCGGUAUCUAAACUGUAAGGAUUAAUAAUCUAAGUUGCGUGGUGAUUAAAUUAAUUAAUUUAUUGCCUGAUUGAAUGGAAUAGUUAUUAAUUGCUCGUUUGUUUUAUCCGGAGAAGAGUUUCAGAACUUAGAAGAAAAUGACGACAGCUGAUUCAUUUCUUAUUUUCAUUGUUAUAAUAUAACAGACGUUUUAUCAUUCGGAGCUCUUUUCGUUACAAAGUAUUCGAAUAUCGGAGAACCUGGUGAUACGAGAAACAGGGCCUUCCGUUGUCCUCUUUUCUCCCCCCAUUUGCAGUUAUACUUACUCUAAUAAUUAAAAGCUAUGCAAAAGUAAAUCUCUUACCAGAAAACAAAUAUGAUGAACUAAAUCAAAUAAAAACUCUUAGUGGCAAAAAUAAAAAAUCCUUCACUGUGUAUUUCCUGACCGAAGUCGAAAAUAUUCACACCACCAAAAACAAGAAGGGGCGAAUCAUCUCCUUUGUUUAUUGAACAAUUUCAUAACCAUAUUGAUCGGAACUGGAAAAAUUUGCUGCAUUUUUCGAUUGUAAAAAUCCAAAUCAGUAUCUGACACAUCCAGUGUUUCACAUCUGGAAACUUAAUUUAUUUUCGUCCCCUACGGCAGCUACUGGUUUUGCGUUUUUUAAUUUAUUUUCCUGUAGGAACGUGUGUAGUUGUUAUAAUUUCUUUGUUUUUGUUACUUUGUGUGCGUGGUUUGACCCCCCAAAAAAUUUGUCGGAGUUUUCGUUCGUUGGUUUUUCGUUGAUUCCAAAGUGGCAAAAAGCAGCUCGCCACUUUUGACGAAUAAAAAUCUUUUUCGGAAACAAACAAAAAAUUGGAAAAAUUGCUGAAAAGUCCCGAGCUGCUUUUUAACCACAAUCUGCAGACUGCACUGACACAUUCAACAUUUUACACACGCUAGAGAAAAAAAAGUAUAACAAACACAGACCUCACGACUCCUGCCAACUGAUGGACUCACUCACGCAUUCUCACUCAUUAAUAAAAAUAAAAAACUCUCCUUGGCCUCCCGGACUCAUUCAGUAGCAAUUUAUACCAAGCAAACUGAGCUUCAAGUUCCACUCGAGAGUGACUCUGAUAUUAAAAUAUACUGAAGGUAGAUCGACCGAUGAAAAAAAAAAUAUUAAGAAAAUAAUCCUCGCUCGUCCGAGCACCGGGUCGGCGCGUCCGAGCACUUGAAAAGUGGCCUCAACCGGGGCUUCGGCCGGUGCGGCCUCGAGGGCGAGGACUAAAGCAUCGCUUAGUUAAGGCAGAAAAUAAUUACAAAGUGAAAUUAUUAAAACAAAAAGCAGCAGCGACACAGCCACUUUUUCUACACCAGCCCUCUCCAGAGGCGCGGACAAAAGACAAGUCACAGUGAGCCAGGCUCGAGUUCUCUCAUCCCCCUGAACGGUUUUUUUCGAAUCAAAAUUUGAAAAUGAAUUCCACAGUGUGUCACGAUAGAAAAAAUGAAACCUCCCUAAUUGUUGUCGAACGAACGGGAGAGAAAGAAACCUGCUAUACUUCUAACUACUGUAAUUCACAAACACACACACUCACGCAUCCUCUACAUAAACUACCUGUGUACAUAAAAAAAAAACGCAGAAGAAAUUGAAGCACGCGCUCGAGACAACGAGAAGAUUUGCAUAAUUAAAUAUUCAUUAUAAAAAGCAAUCACACAAUCCACAGCUACAGUUUUUCGGGGUUCAAUACAAAAUUCUCGUUUUAUGCUCGCGUUAAAUGGUGGAUAAAGUUUCUCACCGUUUAAUUCGGGUGUUGCAAAUUUUUGACAGGAAUUCAGCAGUGUAAUGUGAUGAUUAUUAUAUAUCAUUGAAAAAAUUACAAGAAAAAAUGAUGAAACUCGAGCAUAUAUGAAGAUUAUUGUGAGAGAAUUUGAGAUGUUUAUUAUUAUAAAUCAAUAUCGACAGACUCGCAGACUUAAUUAUUAAUUAUACACGCAACUCACUCACACAAAUGCAAGCAAGGCAGUUUGAACAAUGGCCCCAUAAUUGCUCGUAUCGGACAGCAGGACAUUAAUUAAUCUCUCUGUGUUACAAGAAAAAAAGCAGUGUUGUAUUCACUCCUCGAGAACUCCCGCAGGACAAAAGUCAAAACAAAAUACAGAAAGUGUUUAUACCAAAAUAUUUAACGAAAAAUAAAUCUGUUUCGAGACGCGAAACCGUGCAGUAUCCAACAACCAUUAUUUGCCGUGAUAUAAAGAAAAAAUUAUCCAAUAACUCUCUGAAAAAUGGUUCCAAAUCUGUGGUUUACGAAUGAAAAAAUAUUAAAAAAAAAAAAUUGUUCAGAGAAUUGUAUAUCUUAUUGAUCAAUCAAUCUCUCUCA